GUGGGUAUUCCUGCCAGUUCCUGCAGAUCAUUGGUCGUGUUGGACGCCAGUCAUCCAAUCAUCGUCCGAGUCGCGGUGACGGAGAAGGAAGCAGCGAGCCUCCAGUUGGUGUUUCAUUCAAGGGAUAAGAAAAAAAGAGGCGAAUUGUCCGGCCGCGGGCUGCAGACCGAAACACAAACAUCACCGUCUAAAGGUGAUUGUGCUGUGGUCGACCGCGCUCCGAAUUCAGGAUCCCUCCGUCAGCCUCCUGCCUGCUCCCAUCCCAUCACAGUCAGGAUGAUACACAGUCUGUUCCUGGUCAACUCCUCGGGUGACAUCUUCCUGGAGAAGCACUGGAAGAGCGUGGUGAGCCGCUCCGUGUGCGACUACUUUUUCGAGGCUCAGGAGCGAGCGAGUGAGCCGGAGAACGUGCCUCCUGUUAUCCCCACGCCCCACCACUACCUCAUCAGCGUGCUGCGACAUCGCAUCUACUUCGUCGCUGUCAUCCAGAGCGAGGUGCCGCCGCUCUUCGUCAUCGAGUUCCUGCACAGGGUGGUUGAUACCUUCCAGGACUAUUUUGGGGUUUGCACAGAGGCAGCCAUUAAGGACAACGUGGUGGUGGUCUACGAGCUGCUGGAGGAGAUGCUGGACAAUGGCUUCCCACUGGCCACCGAGUCCAACAUACUGAAGGAGCUCAUCAAGCCACCUACCAUCCUUCGUACCGUGGUCAACACCAUCACAGGCAGCACCAACGUGGGAGAGCAGCUGCCGACUGGACAGCUGUCUGUGGUGCCCUGGCGACGCACCGGCGUGAAGUACACCAACAAUGAGGCAUACUUUGACGUUGUGGAAGAGAUCGACGCCAUCAUUGACAAGUCAGGUUCCACCAUCACAGCAGAGAUCCAGGGCGUCAUCGAUGCCUGUGUGAAGCUGACAGGAAUGCCAGACCUCACGCUCUCCUUCAUGAACCCGCGGCUCCUGGAUGAUGUCAGCUUCCACCCUUGCGUGCGGUUCAAACGCUGGGAGGCCGAGCGCAUCUUGUCCUUCAUCCCCCCUGAUGGGAACUUCCGAUUGCUGUCCUACCAUGUUAGCUCGCAGAACCUUGUGGCCAUUCCUGUGUACGUCAAACACAACAUCACUUUCCGAGAGGGCAGCAGCCAGGGCCGGUUCGAGCUGACCCUGGGCCCCAAGCAGACCAUGGGCAAGGCUGUGGAAUCGGUGUUGGUGAACAGCCAGCUGCCCCGUGGGGUCCUCAACGUCAACCUCAACCCUUCUCAGGGUACCUACACCUUCGACCCUGUCACCAAGCUGCUGUCAUGGGAUCUGGGGAAGAUCAAUCCCCAGAAGCUUCCCAGCUUAAAGGGAUCCAUGAGCCUGCAGGCUGGGGCCUGCAAACCCGACGAGAACCCCACCAUCAACAUCCAGUUCAAGAUUCAGCAGAUGGCCAUCUCAGGUCUGAAGGUGAAUCGGUUGGACAUGUAUGGGGAGAAGUACAAACCCUUCAAAGGUAUCAAGUACAUGACCAAGGCGGGCAAGUUCCAAGUCCGGACGUAGAGUCCAAGCCUCAUGACACUGGAGACCCCAAACCGGCACCGGGGUGGGAGGUGGGGGGUGGGGGCUGAUUUCUCAUGUCUCGGGGUCAGUUGAUUGUGUUAAUGGAAGGAUGGGUGACACGACACACAGACAUUUUACAUGAAGCAGUUUGAGCAGCCAGAUGUGUGACGAUAAGUUUGUCCAAGUAACACUACAUUUAAAUGCUGAUGUCAGACCGGAACCGGACCACUCUGGCCUCCCUGCUCUUCCAAGGUCUCGCUUCUGUUGCUCCAUCUUACUUAGGAUUGUUCCUGUUUGUUUCUGUCACUUAACACCUUGUCUCCAUCUCCUGUCUUUAUUUGAGCCUCCCAGUCUCCGUCCUUCAUCAGAGCCCCCAUGCACAGUACAGUGUCCAACACCCCCCCCCCAGCACCACCACAACUUCCGUUACUUAUUCCUGUCUCCCACACUUGAUAAAAUCCCAGUGUUCGUCUCCCACACUCGGGUCCGGUGCCUUGGCCCAAAGCCAGUUGUUUAUUUUCCUCUUCCCUUUAAAGCUCACAGGACUUAAACAACAUUUCCACCCAAUAAAAUGCAGCAUGACUCUUUGCUCUUCCCCAAUCAGUCAUUUGACCCUCCCUGCUUCUGAGUCCAUAAACCCAGCUCCAGUCCCAUGCAGGUUGGGCAAUCGACAUGCCCGAAUGGGGACCAGUGAAGUUGGCACCAUUCCUACGGUUUUGAUUCACGUUUCCGUUUCCCCGGUUGGACCCUCUGUUAUUUAUUGCGUGAUGAUGUACCUGGGCGGCACGUGUGCUGUAGCGUUUUCGUUUGUGUCCCCGUGUGUUUCUCCCAUCGGUCCUAGCAUAGGUUUACAGUGCUGUGACAAUAAAACAUGGUAAAUGAG